UGGAUAGAGGGGCAACUCGGAGAUGCCCGGGUGGAACGCGGGGGAACACGUUCCUGUUGAAUCAUGGAAUUGUCAGGGUUGUAAGGGACCUCUGGAGAUCGUCCAAGGCAGGGUCACCCAGAGCAGGUGACACAGGAACGUGUCCAGACUUAUAGUGAACAUAAUCCAUAGUGUCCAAGGGUACCAUUCGAAGACAAUACGUUUUCUGAAUGUGGCUUUUGACGGUUCUGGAGAUUCUCUCCUCGCUGGGGACCGCCAGGGGAAUAUAUAUCUGUUUGACUUGAAUGGAAACAGGUUCAACCUUGUCCAGCGAACCAUGCAGGCUUGCACUGCUUUGGCAUUUAAUCUUCACAGAAGGACAGAGUUCCUGGUGGCUUUGGCAGAUUAUUCUGUUAAGUGCUUUGAUACAGAAACCAAGGAGUUAGUUAGUUGGAUGAGAGGCCAUGAUUCAUCAGUGUCUUCCAUAUCUGUGCAUGGCUCAGGCAGGUAUGCUAUCACUACUUCCACUGAUACAGCACAACUGUGGGACUUGGACACCUUUCAAAGAAUAAGAAAGCUGAAUGUUCAUCAGUCUGUGGGUAUACAGAAGGUUUUUUUUCUUCCAUUGAGUAACACCAUUCUCAGCUGUUUCAAAGAUAAUUCUGUUUUUGCAUGGGAAUUUGAUACUCUUCACUGUAAAUACCAGUUGCCAUCUCCUGUAGAAGGUUCUGUAUUACUUUAUAAGGUGUUUGCAGUUACCAGAGAUGGCCGGACCUUUGUAGCUGGUGGAAAAUCAAAUCAUCUUCACUUAUGGUGUUUGGAAUCAAAGCGAUUGAUAAAAAUAAUCCAGAUGCCUGAGAAAGUGCGAGCUGUCCGUCACCUGGAAUUCCUCCCUGACAGUUUUGAUGGGGGCUCCAAUCAGGUCCUUGGAGUGUUAAGUCAAGAUAAUAUUAUGAGGUUUAUCAAUAUAGAAACAUGCAAACUCCUUUUUGAUAUUGGGAGUCCUGAAGAAGGAAUUAGUACAGCAGCAAUUAGUCCCAAUGGACGGUAUAUUGCAUCAGUAAUGGAAAAUGGAAGCCUUAACUUAUACAGUGUCCAAGCUUUGACUCAAGAAGGAAAUAAGCCUCCACCAUCCAUGUUCAAAGUUGUACAAGAUGGGUCCAAGUCCACAUCAGAGACAAAUAAACUGAUAAUGAAAGUAACUCCAGGAAGGUCAGAGGGGUCUUGGAAAUCUAGAGGAAGCAAAAUUCAAACCAGAUUGCUAAAACUGCAAGGAAACGCAUCCCUUGAAAAUAAAGAGAAUGAAUUGCCGGGUGGAUUAAACAAGAAGCGUCUGCGGGCCUUAUUGAAAGGAUUUGGAGAAUAUCCAGCAAAGUACAGGAUGUUUGUUUGGCGUUCCUUAUUACAACUUCCUGAAAACCACCUGGCAUUCAGUAGCUUAAUAGAUAAGGGAACCCACAGUGCCUUUGUGAAUAUUCACAAUAAGUACCCCAUCAAAAGCAGAAAACUGCUGAGAGUUCUACAGAGGACCUUAUCAGCUCUAGCUCACUGGUCUGCUAUCUUUGCUGAGACACCUUAUAUUCCUUUGCUGGCAUUCCCAUUUGUAAAAUUAUUCCAGAACAACCCGCUGAUCUGCUUUGAAGUUGUUGCAACAGUAGUAGUUAAUUUUUGCCAGCACUGGUUUGAAUAUUUUCCCAAUCCUCCAGUUAAUGUCCUUAGUAUGAUGGAAAAUGUUUUGGCAUAUCAUGACAAAGAACUACUCCAGCACUUAAUAAAAUACAAUGUGACUUCACAGGUUUAUGCUUGGCCUCUCCUAGAAACACUGUUAUCGGAGGUUCUAACAAGAGAAGAAUGGCUGAAAGUCUUUGACAAUAUCUUCUCCAACCAUCCUUCAUACUUUCUAAUGAUUGUUGUUGCCUAUAUUAUAUGUUCCAGAGCUCCUUUGCUUCAGUGUAAUCAAGCAGCGGAUUUUGAGUAUUUCUUUCAUCAUCGUAACAACCUGGAGAUCACAGCUGUGAUUAAGGAAGCCUAUCGCCUUAUGGAGGCUACACCACUAGACAUCCAUCCACAGCGUAUGCUUGAGGACUUUAUACCACUUACAAAAGGACAGUACCCUAUAUUUAAUAAAUAUCCCAAGUUCAUUGUGGAUUAUCAAGCUCAGGAACGGGAGCGGAUCAGACAGGAUGAAAUGGAAUACUUAAAAGAGAGACAAUUAGCACAUGAAUCAGAAGCCAAAGCAGAGGAACAGAAAGCAGAAGAUGAAGCCUGGUAUCAAAAGCAGAAAUUACUUCGAGAAGCUGAAGAACAGAGGCGGAAAAUGCUGCUGGAAGAAGAAGAGAAGUUGGCAGAACAGAGGCAGAGACUCGCUGCUAUUAAAAGAGAUCUGAAAGUAAAGGAACUACAACUUCUAGAUGCUUCAAGAAGGCGUCUUCUGAACUACCAGCAAGAUCAGCUUCAAAUGGAACUGAAACGUCUUGAUGAUGAAAUUGCAAGAAAGGCAUCCAUGAGAGAGCAGGAAACAGCUGCUGCUGUUCAGGACGUAGAAGUACGACGGAUGGAACUUGAAUCACAAAGACAGCUUUUUGAGCAGCAUCUAAUCAAAGAUCAAGAGGCAGUUACGAAGGAAAUGAAAGAAAAGGUGGAUGCCCAUCAAAGAAAGGUGGAUCUGGAAGAUCACUGUGUUCAGAGAUUGAUGGAAAUAGAUAGAGAAGAAAACCAGAAAGCUCAGACAGUGGCUGAAGGAAAUGUAGCCAAAGCCGAGCAGAAGCGCAUUGACACCGACUGGAGGCUGCAGGUGCUGCAGAGGCUGAGGCGCGACGACCAGGACCGUGAGAAGUGCUACGAGGAGCUAGUCAAGCUCCUGCAUGACAACAGGGUGAGAGAAGCUGAACUGCUGAAGGCCAUGAGGGAGACAGAAGAAAAAAAGCGGGAAGACAUUAUACAGAAAGAAGCUCAACUAGAGGAAGAGCAGAAGGCAGCUGCUGCAGCAGAUGAGCACAGAAAGCAGUUCUUAGAUGACAAAAUUAAUGAUGCAUUAGAAUUGUCUGAAAAGCUGGAAAGGGAAGAUGGUUAUUUUGAGAGACCGUGUGAUUUAAAGGCCAGACGUACAGAGAGAGGAGUAGAAGUUCAGCAGGUGCUGAGGUCUGGAAACAGCUGUCUGAAUGAUUUAUCUGCAUUUGUGCAAUCACCACACAUGUCUUUAGACAGAAGACGAGAACUGGCACGCCAGGAGCGAGAGCUGAUGGCAGAAGUCCGGCAGCUCAGACAAAGGCUGAUCUCACAGGCUAAAAGUAGACACCCUCCAGCUCAUUUCCCAGCUACAACGUGGACACCGUGACAUGCUUUGCUCUGGACCUCAGCUGUACUUUGAAAUUAUUAAUCAGUGAAAAGCUAAAUAUGUAUAGUGUGAUUCAGGAUGGGUCAUAGACUGUUUAUUAUAACAGCCUUUGGAGAUUUUUUUUAUAUAAAUGCUAGAUAGAAAAUAUGUGUUUUGUUUGUAACCUUCUUGUUAUUUUUUACUUAAAUAAUAAAUAAACUCAGUUUUUACCAC